UGAAAAAAAAGUGAUUGAGUGAAGUCCAUUUUUGUAUCAUGUAUUGUUCAGGUCAAGAUUUUGUCAGAGGAAAUUAGUUUUCAUUUUAGUCUCAUUGUAGUUGGUCAAUAUUUCAGUGAAAUUGAAUUUUUAUUUUUCUUCCUUGUCAAAGAGAAAAUUGAAUCCCUGCAAACUGUUAUAAAAAGUGCAGUUAGUCACAUUUCAAAAGCACAUAUUUCUUAACUACAUUAAACUAAACUCUGUUAGUGUUAUCUGAAUGAUUCGGAGUCUGAAUUUGAUUUUGACAAAAUCAUGAAUCAUGAAUUUUAGGAUGUAGGACAUAGACGUUUAAGUAAAGUGCCAUUGAAGUUAAUGAUCUGUUAAUGUCACACUGUUUGCUGACCGUCAAAUAGGUGUUAUGAUGAGUUUUGCUACCUUGUCAAAAUGCCGCCACAGUGCAAAUCAGUAGAGACCAGACUUUUACAUCCAUCUUACACCCACAAGGCACUGUGUCCUCAUCAGGGAUCGAUACACUCAGUCUUGUCUUCUUAAAAUGAGUCCACAGGUCAUGUCUUUUCUUCCUCUCCAUCUUACAGGUCACAGGUUGUGAUGAAGCUCCAAUUUUUGGUGGUGCAGGAGCCUUGUCAGGCUUUUGACCAUAACAGACCAUUAACAGACUUCUUCCCCACACGUACCUGAAGGAAAAUCAACCAAUGACAGUGAAGGAGAUGAGCGAAGGAGGUGAGACUUUGCGCUGAAACAUUUGUGGCAGAUAAAUUAUCGGUUUAAAAAAGGAAAACAAAAAGUGAUGUAACUGUAUAUAGUUGACUGUUUCCAAUUGUCACCAUCAUCACUAACCCCAGAGCAUCUAUAAACAGAGAUUUGACCACAGUUAUUGUGGUUAUUGUGGUGUCUGGUCAGUGAAAAGUGCAAUAAAAAUGAAUAUUAUUACUAUUAUCAUUAUCAAAAGUUGCCAAAGAGCCUGAUGCUUGAAAACAGAGAACAACAAACCAAUGAGUGGGAACAGCAGGUUUUAAAGGAUGUAAAAUUGUAGUCAUACUUACCAUAAUGUUUGUGAUAUAUUUUUGGACCACCCUUUCAACUUGAGACACUUUGGGAGUUGUUUCUGAGUUAUGAACCCGAGAAAAGGUCACUAGAGCCUGUAGACCAAGAGUGGACACCUGCAGUAUUUCCUUAGCUGUGUAACAUGACACAGGUCUCUCUGUUGCUUCUUGUGUUCCUCAGUGCACCCCCCCCUGACUGCAGCUGAUCUCAGCCUGUUCAGCAGGACCUCAGGCAUUGUUAGCAUGACAAAAUUCUCACAAAGGAGGCUGGGAAAGUUACAAACGGAGUAUUUUUGUGGGGUAGUUUGCUGCUUUUAUUGAGGAAAUAUGAGAGUUAGCAUCAACACUUAACCCUCAUAUUCCUCUGAAAAUAUACUGAUUAGAAAAAAUGAAAUUAAGAAUUUGUUUCACUAUGACAAGACUUAUUUUAAUAGUAAUAUUACUCCUCAAGUGUAUGACUUCAUGUACUUUCACAGAGUCUCAUGUUGGUAUCCAGACCCUGAAAAAUCAGUGCACAGAUAUGAUUAUUCCAGUGUAAACAACCAAAACCUGAAAAUACACCACUGAGAAACCGCCCUUUAUUAUCUCAUAUAAACAUUACACAGUGUCCUACUUGGAUGCAGCAGCAGCAGCAUUUCCUGCAGCGGCACAGAGAUUCUCAUUGUUGUGAUGUUAUCUUCAGGAUGCAGUGUUCUUCCUCCCUCUGAGGGCUAUUUUCUCCUAAGGUGUGUGUGUGUGUGUGUGUGUGUGUGUGUGUGUGUGUGUGUGUGUGUGUGUGUGUGUGUGUGUGUGUGUGUGUGUGUGUGUGUGUCAGACAGUAUCAGACCUCAAGGGCUGUUGCUUAUUCUGAGGGGUUGGUUCAUACACAUGUAACUCCAUGUAUGUUUCCAUCACAAACUGUUUAAACUACUGGACAGGGGAGCAGACCUCACAGAGCUCCCCCUGGUGGCUGGCUACAGUAGAGUCUUAAAGACAGCCUUCCACACAAUUGUGAUGGACAUCACUGACAGAUGUCCCUUGUGGUAAAAGUGUUUUUACAGUGGGUCAUAAAAAAACUAAAGGAUUUAAGCUCUUUGGCAGCGAACAUUUCAUCUCAGGCUGCAGAUUUAACAAAUCAUUCAGUCUUUUCAAGCUUUAUUAAACCUCUUUUAAAACAAAAAAAUUAGGAGUGCAGUGUAUUUUAUCACUUCUUUGCAAAAAGCACAUCCUGAUCCUCUCUGCCUCAAAUCAAUCAACCAAUCAAUCAAUUUUUAUUUAUAUAGCACUUUUCAUACACAACCAUGUAGCACAAAGUGAUUUACACAGAAAAAGGAAUAAAAGAAAUAAAGAAUACCCAAAUCUACCCCAACCAGUGGCGCCUCGCCUGAGCUGCAUGAGCAAAAAGAGAUGUCUGCUGUCUCCCUGAAAAUUAUUCUCAAAGUAAGGAAGUGGCACUAUUAUAUUAAUCAUUCCAUUAAAUGUGUAUUUCAGUCCAUUAGCGAUCUCUCUACCCAGCGUCGGGGCGGACUUGGAACGUCUGUUGUCUCACGCAUGCUCAGAUCACAGUUGUGCAUUAAAAAGUUAGCUUAUCCUGGCCAAAUUAAAAAAAUCCUUAAGGGGCACCAGGGACGAGCGCCCAAACGUCCCUGAUUUGAACGACGUAAGCAUGUUCAUAAUCAGAUUGGCCACAAACGGCCGCAUAGUUACAAUGUGCCUCUGACGUAGCUAGCUGCUCUACUCGGAGCCGGUCCGCCCCUCACUCUGCACUUGGCUGCUAAUGACAGAGGACGUGGGAAUGGCUACCGCAAACCCCCUACCGAGUGAUUUACCGGAGAACGCUGCGCUGUCCAUCAAGUAGGUCCCGUAUUUUUCUUUUUCCUUUGUAAGAGUUGUGUUCUCUCCUCCUCUGUAAGAGAACAAGAUUGGAUCCAUCAGCAUGAAUUAAAACUCAAUUAAAAACAACAAAGCUGUUGAAAAAUGUAGAGUUGCUCAUAACUGCCAUUUAAAAAGUGAAAGCCAAGCAUCCUUAAAGUCUAAAUUAUGACUGUUUUAUGGCACAAUUCCAUCUUUUAACAUCAUGUUCGAUAUUUAAUUUAAAAAAAUGACUUUUAUCUUCUAAUUUUGACUUUUUAUCUCACAUUUAUCACUAUAUCACUGUGAAAUUAACUUCCAUACAAAACAACAGAAAAAGAAUUUCUAUGGAUUAAAAAUACAAAGGCUCUCCUGGUUCUUUGCAGCUUUUGGUAAGUGAGGAUUCUUCAUCACAGCCCAAAGCACUGCAGGAAGUGUCCACCGACCCUUGGAUCCCCGCUUUUUCCUGUUCCUAAAAUAAGGAAACACAAACAGCGAAACGGGAACACCUAGUGGUCUGGAGGGGCCAUCACAGAGGUAGAUUUACAAAAUGAGGGACAGCUUUACAGAACACAACAUGUGAAAGCUUACAGCUGGAAAUCUCAUUAUGCAUCAGAGGAGCUUCUUGUCCUGAAACACCAGCAGAAGAGGUGAUCAAGGGAGCCUCACAAUCUAGCAUCUGUUCUUGAGAUAUCAUUCAUUUUUUUGCCAUUUGUACACACUGUAACUUGAAUUGGCACAGCAUUUUAUUGUCUGAUUUGUGGUACUCUCUUCAUUUCGGUUUUUCAAAAUGAACAGAGAAAUUGUUUUUAAUUUGUGCCAUACCAGCUGGGGGGUGGCUAGCAGGGCUUAAAACUCUGUGUCAAUCCACUCAGUUUCCCUGAUGAGGCUGACAAAUCUCCAUGAACAGUUUUAAUCGAUGGACACAGUAAAGGAAAAAAAAUAAAACGGAUGAUGGCAGUAAAGUUUAUUUUUCAUGUAGCAACUCACAUUUACCCAACAACUUGCAAAGUUUUUUUCACAUUUCAAAUCUAUUUGUCUAAUUAAAAUGGGUUGAAAUUAGCACUAUACCUCCCAUAGACACAUAUUCCCACAGUCCCUGAAUAUUGGGCUCAGCCCCCUUCUGCUCACCUCUGGUUCUGUUCUUGUUUGGCAACAAGAACAGAGUCAUGUCUGGGGUCUUUGGUAUGCGGGGCAGUUUGCUUGUGGACAGCAGCUGAAAGCAGCUCAGUGUGCAGUCUGCUCUGGCCUUGAGUCAUUUGUUUCCUUGAAACCAUGGGGGAGACUUACUCAAAAGAAGACUACGACAGAUUUGCUUUGGACUAUUAUGCCACUGCUCAAGGACAUACAUGUAUUUUACCAGAUGUUGGUGUAGAUGAGUCUCUGCUGAAGUACUCUGGCUUAGACUCCAACGCUGUGUUGCAGGCCUUCUCUAAGCUUCAAGUUGGCAUUGUGCCAGGCUACGUCGAAAGACUGGGAUCUCGUCUUGCUCCGUUUACUUCAGUCCCAAAUGCUGUAGGACUUGGAGCUCUGGUGCUUUCUAUGAUCAUGGAGAUCUGCAUCAAGAGUCUCCCUCAAACGGAUAAAUCAUACGAGAUGUUCCGUCGUGUCUUCGGGGAAGAAAAGGCCUCAUCGGUCCGGGACACAAUGUCAGAGUAUCUGAGGCGCCAUCGCACAUUCAUCAACGACAAUGAGCGACUGAAGGAGGAACUGAAGAGACUAGAAGCUCAGCUGAGUAACCACCUCACCAUCCUGAGAAACUCCCUGCUGCAUGAUGGACAGAUGAGCACUCGUGGCUUCAAGAUCUGGGUGAAUGGAGCCUCCUUCCACAUCCAGAUGUUACUCCAUGAGGCUCGACUGAAUAUUCAAGCUGGCAAACAUCAAUCAGAGUAUGUUCAUACGAUCACAGCUGCCAUAGACUUAUAUUUGAUGGACAUGGAUCGUUUGCUUGCUGAAUACAAGACUUACAAGCUGAGUGAUACCAAAAUAUACCCACAUGGUAUUUGCUAUUAUAUGUAUUCCUGCUUCAACUCUUGUUACAUUAAAAACUCUGAGCUGAACUGUCGUGUAGAGCAUUAUCAGAAACCUGACCAACCCUGUGGACCAGAUGGUUUGAAUGAGGCUUUUAUGAAUGUAAUUUUCUCUCAGUAUGAACCAAUUGCAGGCCUGAAGAGUCACUUUGUGAAUUUAAAAAACAACGUCCCUGACCUGAUCAACCAGCAUGCUGCAUUCAUUCUGCCAACCUGAGAUCGCCUCACCUGAGCAGUUUACUUUGCUUUUUCCUUUCUGCUAAAUGACUUUAAACACCACUUAAGCCUACUUAUUGUUUAUAAAAGUUUUUGUAGAAAUCAAUAUUAAAGUAUAGUUUUUUAAAAGUUACCCAAACUCUACCAAGGGGGUUUACACAGUAGGAAACUGCAUGUGGGAUCCCAAUUAGAAAUUAGACAAAUAAAUGAGAAAAUCUAUUAGUAAGUUUGAUGUUCAUUGUUUUAUGUCUGUUUUUUUUUUUUUACUUGACAGAUGGAAAGUUUUUGACUUAACAGUUAAUCGUGUUCCCAUUUUUUCUUCUUUAUGCAUUAUAAACAUACCACUAACAAUGAUCUUUUUGUAAUGCAUGUGAGGUGAUAUUUUAAAUCAUGCUUUUUUGAUCAUAUUUUGUCUUUUAAAACAGGAAACACAAGAGCAAUAAAUACUUUGUUAAGGCAUCUCUGUGAUAAGCUUAUUGAUCCACACAUUAUAGCUGAGAGACUAUUAAGUUCGAAUUAAUCAACUUAAAAUACAUUAAUAUAAUGUAUCAACCAAGCAGUGAAAUUUUGCUUUGAUGCAGAUGAAAGUUAAAUCUUGGCCAAUUGCUUUAUAGUUGAGGUACUUCCCUUUGAAAAUAAAAAAGAGAAGAUAUACAGAGGUAACACACUCUUCCACUGCGCCUUAACCCAACCAAUCAUAAAUUAAAGGUAUAAUGUGUCAUAAUAAACCGCCUUGAGCACAGCAAACUUGGUAGAAAUAUGUUUAUAGAUAUGUUUGAAUUAGUUCACAGAUAAAGGGAUAUUCCGGCAUAAAAUUGAUUUUAAACACGCCUAACACCGAGUUAGAUACCCCCUCAAGAGAUGAAUGUUGCCAACCGCUUGCUUCUCUAGUUAUACCAACUUUAGUAACGACCGCAGAUAGCAAUACAGAGAGCAACACGCUCAACCAAAAAGCCACUCUAUAGCCACAAAUAAUGUUCAGAACAGCGCCUAACUUCUUCAACAGUACAUAUAGGGUCCCAGUCAUAGUCCUAGCCACCAAACAUCUUUUAAGCUUUGCCUAAUUUCUUUAGCAAAGAGACUAAGCACAACUCACCUACUCUCUUCCAGCAUCCGCUUGUUUGUAGCGAGACCCUGGUUCCAGUCCAUUACAGCGGGGUGACACAGCUAAAGGAAGAACAUUUAUGAUCAUUUCUUAAUCAUUUCCUUGAAGUAAUAAUCACCAUAUUAAUCAUUUUGCACUGCAGACGCGGUAGUUCUUCUGCCUUAGCGUCUCAGUCUGAUUGCUUUCCAUGAGGAAAUGAUCUAUGCCACAGUUACCUUCCUUGCAACAAAUUUCAAAGUAAGAGAGAGCCAGGCAGCCUUCUUUUGAACCCCCUUAGCCCCUCCCCUGGGCACAUCCAUACACAAAUUAUAGGGGUUUAAGAUACAAUAUGUAAGAUAAAACACAACCUCCUCGAUAAAUCAGACAUUUCACCACAGACAAAAAGGCACUAAUAGCCCUCCAUACGGCUAAGACCUUACCCCUUGAAAACAACAGUGGUUUAGACAAAAUAUCACAAAUGAACUAUUCUGGUAUGGUCCAGCGGUCACAUGACCCCCAAAACGCGCUACCUUA